AUUCGAUGCAAUAGCUUGUUGUACAUCGUGCAGCAGUAUUUGUACAUUUGGAAGGCGGGGUGGGGUGGGGGAGGGGGGUGGUUGAUUAUCAACCCACGCAUUUGGUAGUCUAAACCCACCGCUACGCUAUCUAUUUCUUGACGUCUUUUUCUUCUUCAUUUCAUACACAUUGUAUUUUCUACUCCAAUUUUAAUUCCAUCAUCAUCUGCUAAUGCCAUUCUGUUUCCAGUUCAUCUUCAUUUGUAUAUAUAAUAAAUUUUCUUAUUUUCUUUCUCCACCACCUAUUUAAAUCAACCCUUCACAAAUCAAAAAAGUUCAUUAACCCUCAACUCCGUGGUGCAUCUACACGUACAAUUAGGGUUAUAAACGAGUCGAGCCAUUCGUAGAAAAAUGUUGCAUUUGAUAGUUUUGAUUCUUUUUAUAGCUGGAGGUGUGAGAGCUGAGGAUCCUUACCGAUUCUUCACUUGGAACGUCACUUACGGCGACAUUUACCCAUUAGGCGUUCGACAACAGGGAAUUUUGAUAAAUGGGCAAUUUCCAGGACCUGAUAUAUAUUCAGUCACAAACGAUAACAUUAUAAUCAACGUUUUCAAUAAUUUGCCAGAGCCAUUCCUCCUCUCAUGGAGUGGGGUCCAGCAGAGGAAGAACUCGUUCCAAGACGGCGUGUACGGCACAACAUGUCCGAUCCCUCCCGGCCACAACUUCACCUACACCAUGCAGAUGAAAGAUCAAAUCGGCAGCUUUUACUACUUCCCCUCUCUCGCUUUCCACAAGGCCGCCGGCGGAUUCGGCGCCAUCAGAAUCCUCAGCAGGCCCAGAAUCCCGGUCCCCUUCGCCGACCCCGACGCCGAUUACUCCAUUCUCAUCGGCGAUUGGUACAAAGCCAAUCACAAGGUUUUGCAGAAGGUUUUGGACUCCGGCAGCAUGCUUGCUUUCCCCGACGGCGUUCUCAUCAACGGCCGCGGUGGGAACGAUACGCAGUUCACAGUUGAGCCAGGGAAAACAUACAGGCUGAGAAUAUCAAAUGUGGGGUUGAGGAAUUCACUGAAUUUCAGAAUCCAAGGGCACAACAUGAAGCUAGUUGAAGUAGAAGGGACCCACACCAUGCAGAGCAUGCUAUCCUCGCUGGACGUCCACGUAGGCCAGUCCUACUCCGUCCUCGUCACCGCCGACCAGCCAGCUCAUCAGGACUACCACAUCGCCGUCUCCACGCGCUUCGCCUCCACCGUCCUCACCACCACCGCCGUCCUCCACUACACCACCUCCGGGACCCCCGCUUCCGGCCCUCUUCCCCCGGCCCCUCAAGAUGUUCAAUGGUCCCUAAACCAAGCUCGUUCCAUAAGGACUAAUCUGACAGCAAGUGGACCGAGGCCGAAUCCGCAGGGGUCGUACCACUACGGCCAAAUCAACGUGACGAGAACGAUAAGGCUCGGCAACACGCCCGGCUCGCUCGACGGCAAGCAGCGCUACGCCGUGAACGGCGUGUCGUUCGUGGCGGCCGACACGCCGCUAAAGCUGGCGGACUACUUCAACAUCGACGGGGUGUUCCGCGUCGGGAGCAUCCCGGACUCCCCUCCCGCCAGCCGAGCCCUCCACCUCGACACGGCGGUGAUGGGAGCCGACUACCGGACCUUCGUUGAGAUUGUGUUUGAGAACAGAGAAAACAUCAUGCAGAGCUGGCACCUUGAUGGAUACUCUUUCUUUGUAGUUGGGAUGGAUGGAGGUUCUUGGACACCUGAUAGCAAGAAACAGUACAAUCUUGUAGAUGCUGUUUUCCGCUCCACCACACAGGUUUAUCCCAAGUCUUGGACAGCAAUCUAUGUUGCACUAGACAAUGUAGGAAUGUGGAACCUUAGGUCCGAGUUCUGGGCUCGGCAGUACCUCGGACAGCAGCUUUAUCUCCGCGUCUACACACCGGUCAAGUCGACCAGAGACGAGUACCCUAUUCCCUCCAACGCGCUUCUCUGUGGGAGAGCCGCGGGCCGGAGCUAGUACAUUCUAAUGCUUCAAAAAUACCACUUGUAUAACCUCAAAAAAUAGCCUAAACAGCACCUUUUUGCUGUCUCAUUCUUUGUAUCACUUCAAAAUAAGUUGUGUAAUGUAAGAAAAAUACAUUCUUUCUCAUGUUCCAUGUUGAUUGGUAUAUUAAUGAAUUUACAAAGGAGUAGUUUUCA